CGCGCCCCAACCGCAGCAUCCCGACCCAGAGCAUCGAUGGCAGCAAGCAACUUCAACUGGUCUCUCGGGCCCUUGAUACAGGUCACCGACAUUGGCAUCAGACAGGCGGCUGCGUCCUCGUCAACGGCCACCCAAACCAAUGCACAGACGUCGCCGACCAUGCCGGCGUCUCCGAGUCUCAGCGGCGCUGGCACCCCAAACGGCGACACCGAACCACCCGAGCGACGCUGCUGGAUCUGUUUCGUGGAGGAUUCGGAAGAAAACAGCGGCGCCCCCGUAUCGUGGGUACACCCAUGCAAGUGCAAGUCGUCACUCAAGUAUGCACACGAAGCCUGUCUCCUCAAGUGGAUCGCCGAGAAGCAAGGCACCCGACGAACCCAAGUUAGCUGCCCUGCAUGUGGGCAUCCAUACAAGAUCGUCGAACCCAGUAGCUCUGUGCUGAACGUUAUGAAGUUUUUUGACGGAGCUAUUCAACGCUCCAUUCCAUUCAUCACGAUGGCUGGGCUAUCCGUGGCGCUCUACACCGUCUCGACGACAUUCGGAGCGUACUGCGUCAUGGUCGUUUGCGGCCCCGAAGUCGGUGACGAAGUGCUGGGUGCCGAGCGAUGGGGCUGGAGGACUUGGGUGGGGCUACCUCUGGUUCCGUUUGCCCUGGUCUCUUCGCGCUGGAAGAGCGCCGACGCUGUUCUGCCCUUGCUGCCGUUUGUCAUCCUCGGUAGCGAUCGGGUUCACAUAACGUUUCCUCCGUCUCCGGCCCUAACGAUCUGUCUGAUGCCAUGGGCCAGGCUGCUCUACAACCAUCUCCACGAGUCAAUACUGAAGUUGAUCCACCACAGGCCAGACACAAAGAGCCAACGACGACUCAGCCAAUCCGAGAGAGUGCGACAGACACUGGAUGAUGCCAACCCAGAGCAGCCAGAGGAGGACGCCGCCGCCGAGGAGGCAGUGCCCGAGCUACGACGAGAUGGGCAACGAGUCGUCGUGGGGGCGCUGCUCCUUCCAAUUUGUGCUGCCAUCUGUGGCGGUAUCCUGGGCGAGCUUGGCCUGCGAAAAUACGUGGGCAACAGCUUCUACCGCAACAUCAUCGGCGGCUGUGUCUUUAUCGUCAGCAAGGAUGUCACCACCGAGAUCUACAAGUAUUAUCUGCGCAAGCAGCGGCGAAGUCGAAGAAUUGCUAAUCUGGAUUGACGGCCCUGGACUCCGUGACCUGGGCUGACGCACCACCGGAACAGAAGGAGGGAAGCAUGAGAAGAAUUGUGGAGGUCUUGGG